CCGCUCCCUUCCUCCUCCCGGCGGCGGCUCUGCGGCGGCCCCGCUAGGGCCCGCCCGCCAUGUUGGCCGCCUUGGCCCGGCGCUGAGCCAGGAGGAGAGGAUGCCCGCAGCCGGGGUCGCCCCUCGCCAUCGCCCCGGCGCCGCCCCGCCCCGCGCGGCCAUGGGGCGGGGUUGACAGCGGGCGGCACCCGGCCCGGCCCGGCCUGCGGCUCGGCGCGGACACCGGGCGCAGCCCCGAGCCGGCUGCGGGGGGCGAGUGCCGCUGCCCCGGAGGCGGCUUGACCGGACUGUGCCUCCGCCUGCUCCCGCCGGGGCGCGGCUCCCCGCGCUUCCUACUCCCGACCCGCUCUGCUCCGCCAUGCCGCCGGGGGCUGCUCUGGCCGGGUGAUGCCGCCGGCCUGGGGCUGGUGAAUGGAGGAAGAGGAGGAGGAGCAGCCCUCUGCCCAGCCGUCCCCGCCGCCGCCGGGCACCUCGGCCCGCGCCUCGCCGUCCUCGGGACGAGAAUGAGGACCCAGCGUCGGAGCCGACUCGCUUCCUCCCCCUUUUAAACCCAUAAGACGUUAUUAUAUCUCGCUCUAUAUUUUUUAUUUUAAUUUUUUUUUGUAGGGUGGCUAUUUUCUCGGUCUCUGCCAUUGUGUGCGUCUCCUGGCUGUGUGUGUGUGCGUGUGUGUGCGUGUGUGUGCGUGCAACUGGGCAAGGAUGCCGUGUCCAGCGUGAGGUGGAGCCCCGAGGUGGCUUGUCCUUUCAGCACCCGCCCAGCUGCACUGACCUUUGCUGGAGAGAGGGACCGCGACACAAGCCUGGUGGCUAUUCUUCAUUAUUUGAAAGAGACUUUUAAGAGUUAAGGGUUUCGGGGGUUUUUGUGGGUGUUUUUUUUUUUUUUGGUUUGUUUGGAAAGUCACCCUCCUCAUUUAAAAAAAAAAAAAAGGAACCCCCUUCCCCCCCUCCACCUCCUCCCAUGCAAACUGAAUCAAUCAUGUCUGGAGAGGUGCGUUUGAGACAGUUGGAACAAUUUAUUUUGGAUGGGCCGACCCAGACCCAGGGGCAAUGCUUCAGUGUGGAAACCUUGCUGGAUAUACUCAUCUGCCUGUACGACGAAUGUAAUAAUUCCCCACUGAGGAGAGAGAAGAAUAUUCUUGAGUAUCUAGAAUGGGCCAAACCUUUUACAUCUAAGGUGAAACAGAUGCGACUACAUAAAGAAGAUUUUGAAAUCUUGAAGGUGAUUGGCCGAGGAGCCUUUGGGGAGGUUGCAGUAGUAAAACUGAAAAAUGCAGAUAAGGUUUUUGCAAUGAAAAUACUAAAUAAAUGGGAGAUGCUGAAGAGAGCUGAGACGGCCUGUUUCCGAGAAGAGAGGGAUGUACUAGUGAAUGGAGACAACCAGUGGAUCACAACGUUGCACUAUGCUUUCCAGGAUGAAAAUUAUUUAUACCUGGUUAUGGAUUAUUAUGUUGGUGGAGAUCUGCUCACCCUGCUCAGCAAGUUUGAGGACAGGUUACCUGAAGAUAUGGCUCGUUUUUAUUUGGCUGAAAUGGUGAUAGCGAUUGAUUCCGUACAUCAGUUACAUUAUGUUCACAGGGAUAUUAAACCAGAUAACAUCUUGAUGGAUAUGAAUGGACAUAUUCGGCUAGCAGAUUUUGGUUCUUGUCUGAAACUCAUGGAAGAUGGAACGGUCCAAUCUUCAGUAGCAGUUGGAACCCCAGACUAUAUCUCUCCAGAAAUCCUGCAGGCCAUGGAAGAUGGAAAAGGGAAGUAUGGACCUGAAUGUGACUGGUGGUCCCUAGGCGUUUGCAUGUAUGAAAUGCUUUAUGGAGAAACUCCAUUUUACGCAGAGUCCUUGGUGGAGACCUAUGGGAAAAUAAUGAACCACAAAGAGAGAUUUCAGUUUCCUGCACAAGUAACAGAUGUCUCAGAAAAUGCAAAGGACCUCAUCCGAAGGCUCAUUUGCAGUAGGGAGCAUCGACUUGGGCAAAAUGGGAUUGAGGACUUUAAGAACCAUCCAUUUUUUGCCGGGAUUGACUGGGAUAACAUUCGGAACUGUGAAGCACCUUACAUCCCAGAAGUCAGCAGUCCAACUGAUACAUCAAACUUUGAUGUGGAUGAUGAUUGCUUAAAAAACUCUGAAACGAUGCCUCCUCCAUCACACACUGCAUUUUCUGGUCAUCAUUUACCUUUUGUGGGUUUCACAUAUACAAGUAGCUGUGUGCUCUCAGACCGCAGUUGUCUAAGACUUUCAGCUGGACCACCCUCUAUGGAUCUUGAUGCCAAUAUUCAGAGGACCUUGGAGGACAGCCUAGCAACAGAAGCCUAUGAGAGGAGAAUAAGGCGACUAGAACAAGAAAAACUUGAACUUAGUAGAAAACUACAAGAGUCAACACAGACAGUCCAGGCUCUACAGUAUUCAACUGUGGAUGGUCCAAUAACAGCAAGCAAAGAUCUAGAAAUUAAAAGCUUAAAAGAAGAAAUUGAAAAGCUAAGAAAGCAGGUAACAGAUUCUGGACAGCUGGAACAGCAACUAGAGGAAGCCAGUUCUGCACGACGAGAAUUAGAUGAUGCUUCCAGGCAAAUUAAGGCUUUUGAGAAACAAAUCAGAGGCCUGAAGCAAGAGAGAGAGGACCUUAAUAAGGAACUGACAGAGUCUAGUGAGAGACUAAAAUCCCAAGCCAAAGAGCUGAAAGAUGCACAUAGCCAGCGGAAACUCGCUAUGCAGGAGUUCUCAGAGAUGAAUGAGCGGCUGACAGACUUGCACUCCCAAAAACAGAAACUUACCCGCCAGCUCCGAGAUAAGGAGGAAGAGAUGGAAGUGGUGAUGCAAAAGGUGGAAAAUUUAAGGCAGGAGUUACGCAGAACAGAAAGAAUAAAAAAAGAACUGGAAGUUCAAACUGAAGCUGCAGCUGCUGAAGCAUCUAAGGACAGGAAAUUGCGUGAGCGAAGUGAGCAGUACUGUAAGCAGCUGGAGAGUGAACUAGAAGGACUAAAGCAAAAGCAAAUUGGUCGCUCACCAGGGGUGAGCAGCACAGAACAUCAGCAAGAGAUCACUAAAUUAAAGGCCGACUUGGAAAAGAAAAGUGUUUUCUAUGAAGAGGAACUAUCCAAACGAGAACUAAUGCAUGCUAAUGAAAUCAAAAACUUGAAGAAAGAACUGCGGGAUGCAGAGAGCCAGCAGCUCGCCCUCAAGAAAGAGAUUAUGAUCUUGAAAGACAAAUUAGAAAAGACCAGGAGAGAGAGCCAAAGUGAAAGAGAGGAGUUUGAAGCAGAAUUCAAACAGAAGUAUGAACGUGAGAAAAUUCUAUUAAUGGAGGAAAACAAAAAGCUCUCAAAUGAGCUAGAUAAGCUGACCACCAUGUUUGAGAGGCUAAGUAUGAACAACCGACAGCUGGAGGAAGAGAUGAGAGACCUGGCAGACAAAAAGGAAUCUGUGGCACAUUGGGAAGCCCAGAUUACUGAGAUCAUCCAGUGGGUAAGUGAUGAAAAAGAUGCCAGAGGGUAUCUCCAAGCUUUAGCAUCCAAAAUGACAGAAGAAUUAGAGGCCUUGAAGAACUCGAGCUUGGGUGCAAGAGCAACAGACAUGCCCUGGAAGAUGCGCCGCUUCGCAAAACUAGAUAUGUCAGCAAGGUUGGAACUGCAGUCAGCUCUUGAUGCAGAAAUCCGAGCCAAACAGGCCAUUCAAGAAGAGUUGAAUAAAGUUAAAGCUUCCAGUAUUUCUACAGAAUGCAAACUGCAAGAAUCAGAGAAGAAGAACUUGGAGCUACUAGGAGAAAUUGAAAAACUGAAGAAGGAAACGGAAGACCUUAGAUCAGAAAAGGGUGUAAAGCACCAAGACUCACAGAAUUCUUUCUUGGCAUUUUUGAAUGCGCCUACCUCUGCUCUGGAUCAAUUUGAAAUUGAUUCAGUUGAGAACUUCACGUUAUCUAACACGCCUUCACGGGAUGAAGAUAUCAAGUCUCACCUCCAUUCGAGAUCUAGGUCUCCUUCCACAGCUAGUGACAUUGAACCAAUUGAGGUCACAGAUCAUCCUCCACGUUCAGUUCACACGCCAACCAUGAGGACAGCGUAUAUUGGUUCAGGACUCUCAGCACCAAAGCCUAAGGCCCAUCAAUUUGUAGUGAAAUCUUUUAAUACACCUACAAAAUGCAAUCAGUGCACAUCUCUGAUGGUUGGUUUGAUAAGACAGGGCUGCACGUGUGAAGUUUGUGGAUUCUCAUGCCAUGUGACCUGUGCAGACAAGGCCCCAGCAGUGUGCCCAAUUCCACCUGAACAGACCAAGGGUCCUCUGGGGAUAGACCCACAGAAAGGUAUAGGGACUGCAUAUGAAGGUCAUGUCCGAGUUCCUAAGCCAGCUGGAGUUAAGAAAGGUUGGCAGAGGGCUCUGGCUGUGGUCUGUGAUUUCAAACUCUUCCUGUAUGAUGUAGCAGAAGGAAAAGCAUCCCAGCCCAGCGUGAUAGUGAGUCAGGUUAUUGACAUGAGGGAUGAAGAAUUCUCAGUGAGUUCUGUCUUGGCCUCUGAUGUCAUCCAUGCAAAUCGAAAAGAUAUCCCGUGUAUUUUUAGAGUUACAGCUUCCCAGCUCUCUGCAUCCAGUAAUAAGUGCUCGAUCCUGAUUCUCGCAGACAGUGAGAAUGAAAAGAGCAAGUGGGUAGGGGUGCUGAAUGAAUUGCAUAGGAUUCUGAAGAAGAACAAGCUGAAGGAUCGGUCAGUCUAUGUUCCCAAAGAGGCUUAUGACAGCACCCUACCCCUCAUCAAAACAACCCAGUCAGCAGCAAUCAUAGAUCAUGAAAGAAUUGCUCUGGGGAAUGAAGAAGGGUUAUUUGUUGUUCACAUCACCAAAGAUGAGAUUAUUCGUGUUGGUGACAAUAAGAAAGUUCAUCAAAUCGAGCUCAUCCCAAACGAACAGCUCAUUGCGGUGAUCUCAGGACGAAACCGUCAUGUACGGCUUUUUCCUAUAGCAGCUUUGGAUGGAAGAGAGACUGAGUUUUAUAAGCUGGCAGAAACAAAAGGUUGCCAGACAAUAGUUUCCGGACAAGUGCGCCAUGGAGCCCUUACUUGCCUUUGUGUGGCUAUGAAAAGACAAGUCCUCUGUUAUGAACUAAAUCAGAGUAAGACACGUCACAAAAAAAUUAAGGAGAUCCAAGUCCAGGGAAACGUCCAGUGGAUGUCGAUCUUCAGUGACAGGCUGUGUGUGGGUUACCAGUCUGGAUUCCUCAAGUAUCCCUUGCAUGGAGAAGGGAACCCAUAUAGUUUGCUCCACCCAGAUGACCACACACUAUCAUUUAUCUCACAGCAGCCAACUGAUGCCAUCUGUGCAGUCGAAAUAUCAAAUAAAGAAUAUCUGCUGUGUUUUAGCAGCGUAGGGGUUUAUGUUGACUGCCAGGGUCGAAGAUCUAGACAACAGGAAUUGAUGUGGCCUGCAACUCCAUCCUCUUGCUGUUAUAAUGCACCAUACCUCUCAGUGUACAGUGAAAAUGCAGUUGAUAUCUUUGACGUGAACUCCAUGGAAUGGAUUCAGACUGUUCCACUCAAGAAGGUACGACCUUUGAAUACAGAAGGAUCACUAAACCUCUUAGGACUGGAGACAAUUAGAUUAAUAUAUUUCAAAAAUAAAAUGGCAGAGGGAGAUGAAUUGGUCGUUCCUGAGACAUCAGAUAAUAGCCGAAAACAAAUGGUUCGAAACAUCAAUAAUAAGCGUCGUUAUUCAUUCAGAGUACCAGAGGAGGAGAGGAUGCAGCAGAGGAGGGAGAUGCUACGAGAUCCUGAAAUGAGAAAUAAAUUAAUUUCUAACCCAACUAAUUUUAACCACAUAGCACACAUGGGUCCAGGAGAUGGUAUACAGAUCCUCAAAGACCUGCCUAUGAACCUUCGGCCUCAGGAAAGUCGGACCAUGUUCAGUGGCUCUGUCAGCAUCCCAUCUAUCACAAAAUCCCGCCCGGAACCAGGACGAUCGAUGAGCGCUAGUAGUGGGUUGGCAGCAAGUAAGUUACCAGGGUCGUCAGCACAGAAUGGCAGUGCUCUGAGGCGGGAAUUCUCAGGAGGGAGCUACAGCGCAAAGCGUCAGCCUAUGGCAUCACCAUCAGAUGGGUCGUUGUCUUCUGGUGGUUUGGACCAAGGCAGUGAUGUGCCGACAAGGGACUAUGAGCGGGAGGACUCGGACUCGCCAAGACAUUCUACAGCUUCUAACAGUUCCAACCUGAGCAGCCCUCCCAGCCCGGUUUCUCCUCACAAGACCAAGAGCCUCUCCUUGGAGAGCUCUGACCACCGCAAGGCAGACUGCAGGGCAGAAAGAACUCCACCAGAGGGCAGGUCCCACAGAAGAUGCAGUCUGCCUUUCAGCAACAGGAGCCGGAUGACCAUCAUUAAAUGAACCGAAUGAAAGGGGGAAACAUAACCUGCAAAUGGACACCAAGGAGGAAAGUCCUUUCCCUUUUGUUAUUUACCAGGAUGAAAGUGCUUUUUGUUUGGAAACACAUGCGUGUGCAUUUUCUUCUCAGAAGGAUCACUGCUAGCUUUCUGCCACAACCACCCCAAAGGGCUUCUUGUAUUUAGAAUACUGAUUGUGCGUGUUUUAGUACCAUUUUAUCGCUUCUGUCAAACCACUCCAAGCCAUUCCAGUUCACAGUAUAAAGAAUUUCACCCAGAGUAAGAGAUGCUGAAACGAAUGGCGGUUUUGCUGGAUUUUUUCUUCCCAGUGGAAAACGCGGGUAAGUUCAAGGAUGGGAUGAUUCACAGGCCUGGGUGAAAUACAGAUAUAAGCAGUAGGAUGCAGAUCAUUGUCUUCACCAUUACCCAUGCUGGGUCUCCUAGAAAAGAUCUGUUUUGUUCUGCAAAGAGCGGAUUGUCCAUAUGAAAUACCAUAUUGCAGAGAUAUUUUGGGGCAGGAAUGCAGGACUUGUCCAUUGUGUAUCAUGUCCAAAUCCUAUCUAUCCAGUUCCGGUUUUCAGUGUAUCAAGUUGGUGGCGUGCAUUUCCUUGUCACAGCUGGAAGCUAGCAUUCCUGCAAGCUUGGCAUUGCAUAUUCAAAUCUAUACCAAGCAGCCAAACACUUCAAGUUCAUUCCAAGCUCAGUAACUUCUCAUGGUGUUGUGGGAGAGACAGGGCACAGGGACUGGGCAUUAGCUGAAGCUCACUAGCAGUUUUUCCUUAAAGGCUGUACCAAAGGCUUCUCCUCUUCUUACAGUUCCCUCUUUCCAGUGAAGUCCAUCACAUCUGUGUGUUCUUCAGAACCUUCCACACUAAUUUUUUAUUUAUUUUAUGGUGCAUUUAAAUAUUAAACCUCAUGUUAAAGGAGGCAUUUGAACCUUCAGGUUUUUAGGCUAAAAACAGGUCAUAGUUGAAGCAGUUCUGACUGAUCCUAGUCGAACCCUGCUUGUCCAUGGAAUGAAUGACAAUUAACUCAAAUUAGCCCCGACUGUCCCAGGAACAAGUUUUAUCACAGAUAUUUCACAGGUACUUAAAGUGGGACAGUGGACUUGUACAUCUGUAGGAUCCCAGGAAAAAAAAGGUUUUGUUCUGGGAGAAGUCUGACAUUCUGUUUUUAGCCUGAAAGAAACAAUGCACAGUAGUCCCCUUAUCUGACCGUGUAGUCCUUUUUAACCAGUCUGCGCUCCUGAAAAACAGAACCAAAGACCCAGCACAUUUUUAAAAGAACCAUAAACCAGUGGACUUGCUGUGGUGCCUGUGAUCCUGUUUCUUGUUACAGACUUAAAUUUUCAGAUGUAGCAUCCACUGGUUAUGUUGCAAAGCUGAAUUCCAUAAAGCAAAACCCAACUGGAGGAGGUCUGCACUGUUAAACAUAGUCUGGAUAGUCUAGGCUUUGGCAGUGUCCUUUAAGAUGACUAUUUAGUCAUUCUGUACAUUUUACACAAGCCACACUACUGCUAGAAACAGCAAUGGUUUUCUUAGCUGAAAAGCAAAUAUCCACAUAAGUUAUUUGAAAGGAAAAGAAAAUGUCCUAGGACUUGAGCUAAAUGUUAUGUUGUCUUGGACCAUUUGAAUAGAUGCUGAUUUCUCCAGUGGGCCAUGCAAAAUCUGUUUUGGUAGUGAGCUCUUGUUAUAAAAUAUGCAUGUUGCAGAUGUGCUUUUGAAUUUCUCAUGAGAUGGGAAAAAUAACUUGGCCAUUUGAACUGUACAAUUCUUGUCUGGUUUCUUGGAGGCAGUCGACUUACAAGGUUUGGUGUUUGCAACUAUGCAGUGUAGCAGUGUUCAGUGUUUCCAGUUGCAAUGCAUUUACCCGGGCAAUUUAUAAUCACCCAUUGAAACUUUUGACUAAUAUUGUAGCAUAUGUUCUAUGUACACAGUAUAUAUAUAUUUUUUCUUCCUUUGCCAAGACUGAAAGCAUUCUUCAUUUAUCAGGACCCUUUUAUUUUGCUUUUGCAAAUGGCUUUAGUCACAAAGAGAAUCCAAAUAGAUUCAGGCAGCUACUGUGAGGAACACAGCUUCCAGGUGACAGAAUGAAAAGGUGCAGAAAAGUAAUUUAAGCUCCCACACAUCACAUUUGGUUUCCACAUUUCAUAAAGGCAGUGCUAGGUAAGAGAGCUUUGGCUGUAUCACACUCAAGCUGUAAGAACCAUUUAGUUCAUAGUUUGGAAGCACAUUUCUGGCCUUGCUUAGGCAACUUUUCUCCUGUCUUUGCACCUUUCUUAGCAUCUGGCUUGUUAAACUUGUGGAUCAUUAUUAUUUCAGCAAUAUUCCUGACUUGUUUUGGAGACCAACGAGCUUGAUUCUGAUAAAAAUCACAGACCACAUUUGUGUUGAACUCUCAGGUAUGUGGUUUAUGGAACACAGCAGCAGAGGCACGUAGGGCUCUGAACACAAAACAAAUGAAAGCACAGACAACAGAUGGCAAGGGCAUAUGUAGUUCACUACAAAUAGCUUUGGGCUUAAGCAAAACAUUGCUCAAGCAAUAGCAUCAGCCUUUCAAAAUAAUACUUUUUAAAAAGUCAGAAUUUUGGAGGAACUGGAGCACCAUGAGCAUCCAUAGUCUUGUAUGUCCAAGAACUUUGAUGGGCCAGACUGGAGUGAGAGACCCAGCUGGUGAAUGGUAGAGAACAAGUGCUUUGUGCAACUCCAGCAGCUUCUAAGUGGUAGGAAACCUUUUCUUCAGACCUCUUUCUUCUACAAGGUGAGCACCAAGGGUGAAAUUCAUCCCUGUGCAAAGCCCCUGCACCUCUUCCGCCUUAUCCUGAGAACUGAAGCGAUACAAAGACUUUGUGCUUGGCUUGCUACAAGAGUUCUCUCUCGCAAAGGAGCCUGGGACAGGCCCUGUGCGCUGACAUGAAUCGCACUCCAGCUACACAAGCAGCCUAGUCCUGGCAGGCUACCGUGGGCUGCGUGCUCAAGUCCUAUUUGAGAGGCCCCCAAAGAUCAGCUGUCCCGCAGGCCUUUCGCUCUAGACCUCACUGUGCAGAGAGGCAGUUCCACAGCUUGUCUUCUCUUCCUUUCCAUUCAGUUUAAGAAAGAACCCCUCUUUCAUUCUGCAGAAGAAAGCAGUCUCAUUCACAGGGAAAAAAAUUCAUAAAUAAAACCAGUGUUGGCAUUGCAAAGCAAUUAUACCUGCCUUUUUAUGUAUGACAGUUUCAUAUCAUUUAUUUUUAAAAAAUAUAUUUUUUAGGUUUUUUCAUUGUAAUAUUAUUGUACAGUUUUGCAUGGCAUAGAUGUAAUCACUUUUUUGUUUUAGAGUAUAAAAGCUGACAAGCGUGCAGUGUGGGGGAAAGACUGCUUUUUGCCUCUUCUCACUAUUUGAUUGUUUUAUGCCCUCAAUGUUGUAGAGGACAUUGUAAGAGAUUCUCUGCUACAGAACAAUGAUGUAGAUUCUUUUGCACAGAAAUAUUUAAGGUGGAAAGUCAACAAUGUAAUAAAUGACUUGCCACCAAUAUUUUACGUUGGUAACACACUUAAUAUUAACCUACUUUGAUGUAUUGCAAUAAAACAGGGAACUGUUAGAAA